ACUAACCAUGCCUACGGUCGCAGGGUGAGAUCGUGAUCGGCGGCGAGUCGGUGGCGGAGGGCUACUACAAGAACCCCGAGAAGACGAAGGAGGAGUUCGUGGAGGCCGACGGCAUGCGCUGGUUCAAGUCCGGAGACAUCGGCGAGCUGCACCACGACGGAUGCAUCAAGAUCAUCGACCGCAAGAAGGACCUGGUGAAGCUGCAGGCGGGCGAGUACGUGUCGCUGGGCAAGGUGGAGGCCGAGCUCAAGACGUGCGCGCUGGUCGAGAACAUCUGCGUCUACGGCGACUCCACCAAGACCUACACCGUCGCGCUCGUCGUGCCGCACCCGCAGCGCUUGCAGGAGCUGGCGGCCCGCGAGGGGCUGCCGCCGAUGGAGUUCGAGCAGCUGUGCCGCGCGCCCGCCGUGGAGAAGGCCGCGCUGCGCGAGCUCGCCGACCACGCGCUCAAGUGCGGUCUGGAGCGCUUCGAGGUGCCGCUGGCCGUGAAGCUGGUGACGGAGGUGUGGUCGCCCGACAUGGGGCUGGUCACGGCCGCCUUCAAGAUCAAGCGCAAGGACAUACAGGAGCGCUACAAGGACGACAUCAAGCGCAUGUAUGCGUCCUGAGCGCACCACCUUCUGUUUACCGCCGCCCGCCCCGCGGACUGAUAUUAAAGUAGUGCAGGGAUGGCGAUCCAAUGGCACGCGCCACAAUAUUUAAGGCACGCCCACCUAUCACAAAAUUCACUAUAAAAUAAUGUGUUUUAUACAUAUAAGGGCUAUCGUAUUUGCCCUCAUCAGUUAGUGCCACUGUUGAGUAAGGUCAUGUCGCUCGCCAGUGGCACCACUUGUACUAUACCCCUCAUUGAUAGCAUUAGGUGAUAUUUGAUGGCACGUCUAAGACUUUAUCAAGCAUUUUUUUCGGAAAAGUGGCACGUUGAUACAUAAAGGUUCGCCAUCCCUGAAGUAGUGUAACGUUCGUGUGGAUCCAAUAUCCCGGCGCUAGGUGUGAAGAUAUUAUUAUUCUCCUGUUGUUAUUUUACUGAAUUCGGCGGCCUGGACCGCGCGGUGCCGCGUGGGCUCUGGGCUCUCGAGCUAUAGAAUGGAUGGACUGACUGGAAAUUUGCCUAGCCUUUGAGCGUUCGUUUAUAAAUAGAUAAGUACGUCGAUAAGGAUUCAGCUAAUAAUUAAGAUUCGUCAACCCGAUCUUGUACUUAUUUAUGUAAACGAAUGCUCAACUGAAAUGUGUGCGCCAUUUUUGAGAAUGUUUUAAACAGAAUUCUGAAAAUUACAUUGGUUUAAAUUAGAUGAUGUAAGUUUUGUGGGGCGGGUCGCUUACGCCCGGGCCGCGACCGGGCUUGUAGAUGUAAAUGUAAAUUAUGUAUUUAUUGUUCGCGAGAGUAGCCGCAACGAGUCGCAUCACACGCCGACGGCGAGUUACGUUUCUGUAUUUAGUUUCGCUAAGACUUGUACAUAUUUGUUUCGUUCUAAAUACUGUAGUUGCUACUUUUGGGAUGCGAAAUUGCGCGAGUGCGGAUGGAUGGUGUUUUAUUAUUAACUAUAGUUGAAUUUUGUCUCGAAUCAGUAGUUUUCGUAUUCAAAAGACAAUCUGUCAAAACUACUGAAUCGAACUAUAAAUCCGAGAUUAGAUCUGAUCGAGUGGGCACAUUCGUGCGAGUGGAUGCGUGCGUGUGUACAUUGGGGACAUGAAACUUUUGUAGAUAUUGGCCUAGCGUCUCGAGUGUACGAUAGUGGUCGUAUGAAGCUCUUAAACUAAUCGAUUAGUACUUAGAGGUAUGGGGUUACGUUUACCAUGUAAUGUAAUAUUUGCAAUAAUAAGUUUUCGUUAUUUUGAUUGUGCGCGGGAGUGCAACGAUGAGCCAAAUGGUUAGUAGUUAGUGCGCCGGCCAGCGACGCGGUGCGGUGCACUGCAGUGUACGCUGGCCGCGCGCUCGGCAGUGUACGGCCAGCGACGCGGUGCGGUGCACUGCAGUGUAGGCUGGCCACGCGCUCGGCAGUGUACGGCCAGCGUGCGGUGCACUGCAGUGUAGGCUGGCCGCGCUCGGCAGUGUAGGCCGGCGCCGGCGCGAGCUAGUCAGAAUACUUCGAAUGUCGUAACAUUUCCUUCUCUGACCGCAUUUCGCUGAGCAUUUACGACCUUUAUACACAAUCCUUGCAUGUAUAUUUACACAUUUAACUUAUAUAUGUAAUCAGUAGUACUGUUCGUUACCUGAUUACGAUCAUGGAUUCCAUAUAAAUAAUAAAUGUCAUAAUAAUAUUGUAACAUUGUGUGUUACUGUAAUAGGUAGCAUCAUAAUAUUUUUCUAUAAAUAUAGGAAGUUUCGAAAUUAAUUCAAGUUAUUAACUGAAUGUGAAUCAUUACUGUUAAUAAGUAGGAGUUACUUGCUCAGUUAAUGUGACUGUACUUUGUGUUUGAAAUUAAAUA